GAUUCACUUGGUAGGAUGGAGGAUGGGCGCAGCCCAGCGGCGAUGGAGAGCAAGGCCGAGGAUGCAGAUAUGGGGCCUGCGUCUGUCAAUGGGACACACGCGCAGUCACACGACCAGAACGGCAGUGGUGGCAGCGGCGGCGGCGGCGGCGGCGGCGGCACAGCGGGAGGCGAGGGAGUGGCCAUGUCGGUCGAUGGGCCAGCACGGGCAAAGGAAGAAGAAGACAGGCAGAGGUACGAGCUCGUGUACACGCUACUCGGCCAUCAACGCUCUGUUUCGGCAAUCGCCAUCUCGCCAGACGGGAUGAUGUUGGCAUCUUGCGGUGCUGAUGGUCUCAUCAAGCUGUGGUCUCUCGCUACGGGGGCCUUGCGCGCGACAUUGAGGGCUCCUGCCACGCUCGGCCUCGGCGCGCCAGAGGGGAUGGAGGAUGCACAGGGAGGAGCUGGUGGUGGUGUUGGUGUUGCAUCAGGGCUUAGUGAUGUGGCUUGGAGCAGUGAUGGAAGGUACAUUGUCAGUGGGGGCGACGACCGCAUGGUGCGCGUCUGGGAUGCCGUGCGCCACGUCCUGGUUCGCCAAUUUGAGGGACACACGUCCUUUGUCUUUUGCGUCAACUUUAGCCCUAGCGUCAACCUCGUCGUGUCGGGCAGCUUCGACGAGACGGUCCGACUCUGGGAUUUGAGAAGGGGAACAUGCCACCGGGCCAUUGCGGCGCACUCCGAGGCUGUGACCGGUGUCGAUUUUAGCCGCGAUGGCGCCAUGAUUGCGAGCUGCAGCUACGACGGCCUCAUCCGGUUCUGGGAUACGUCGACGGGCCAAUGCCUCAAGACGCUCGUCCACUCGGAUAAGGCCCCCGUCUCCUCGUGCCGCUUCUCGCCCAACGCGGCACAGCUGCUCGCCUCGUCGCUCGACGGCCACCUCCGGCUGUGGGACGUGGCCAAUUCGCGCGUGCUCAAGACCUAUGCGGGCCACCACAAUGAAAAGUAUGCCAUCAAGGCCGCAUUUACCGCUCCAUAUCACCGCCGUCGUCGUCAGGCCAGCGAGGAGGGGAAAGGUGCUCAGACGAAUGGCGGGAAGCAAGAGCAAAGAAUCUCGGUCGUGACUGGCAGCGAGGACCAGAGGGUGUACCUCUGGGACUUGCAAACAAAACAGGUCGUCGAGACGCUCCAGGGCCAUCACGAUGUCGUCAUUGCCGUGGCCUCGCACCCAACACUGCCCAUUCUCGCGUCUGCGAGCCUGGAGCACGAUCCUUGCAUCAAAGUCUGGAGACUCGGUCGAUGACGCAUGCAACACUGCGCGCCGGCCCUUGUACUGUCAUUGCCACCUCUUUCAUUUCUCUUUUUGUCUGUAACAUCAAUCGCAUACACAGGUUCAGCCUCAC